AUGUUGAAAUGUCCAUGUCAACGUUGUUCUCUUGCCAAAUUCAAGUCCAGAGUUGACAUUGAAGGUGAUCUGAUGCUUCAUGGUUUUCUCUCCACGUAUACAAACUGGUAUCUACACGGUGAAGACUUAGAGGACACUCGACAAGCUUUUAGUUUAGAUCAUCAACCAAAUGUCAAUCAGAGUGAUAGCUCGACCUUCAUUGAUAGCUCGACCUUCAAUUUACUAGCUGAUAUUUUCCCAAGUAUGAAGUCACACCCUCCUAACAUAGAUUCAGACCCUCCUAACAUAGAUUCAGACCCUCCGAAUAUCAAGAUGGAAUCUGAUGACUUACAUGAGGAUCCUUUGAAGGAAAAGAAGGCAUUUGAUGAGUUGCUAUCAGAUUGUAGUCAGGCUCUUUACGAAGGUUGCCAGUCAUUCAGCAAGUUAACUUUUAUGCUCAAGUUGUAUCACAUCAAGUGUCUUUCUCGGAUAAGCGGUAAUGGUAUGUCUAUGAUAAUCAAUCUUCUAAAAGAAGCUUUUGAGCAUGCAAGAUUUCCAGAUUCGUUCAGUGAUAUGAAGAAAACAAUUCGCAAAUUAGGGUUGACAUAUCUGACAAUCCAUGUGUGCCCUAAUGAUUGUAUGUUGUAUUGGGGAGAAGACUCAUCUAGAGAAAAAUGCAAAGUUUGUGAAAAUUCAAGGUGGAAAGCAUCAAGAAUAAAAGAAGGUGACACAAUGGAAAAAACGAAGAAGAAGAAGAAGAAGAAGAAGCAACAAGCUGCUAAAAUCCUUAGGUAUUUUCCUCUUAAACCACGUUUGCAGCGUUUGUUUAUGUCAUCAAAAACUGCUCAACAUAUGAGAUGGCAUGCUGAAUCUGAGAAUAAAGAUGGUAAACUGAGACAUCCUCGAGAUGGAAUGUCUUAG